GUUCGGCGUCCCAUCGAUAAAUGGUCGUCCACGGAAGCUCACUUUGCCUUUUCCUCACUUUGCAUUUUCCAAACCACCGCAGCAGCAACAUAUCGUCGAUGGACAAGUCCCAAACCAACCACUACCUCGACCUCGCCGACCAAAGCAUCUUUGACAUCCUUGCCAAAGACGACGGCUCCGACAAGACCACCACCUGGACCCACGUCAAGGUCACCGACGGCGUCUCUGUCGACCGCGGUGUCAACGCCCACUCGCCCUGGAACGCCAUCAAGGCCACGACCACGGUCCACUGCAGCGCCAACGACCUCGCGUCCAAGCUCAACGACCCACAGCAGAUGCACAUCUUUGACGAGAUGACCGACAACUGCCGCAUCAUCGAGGCGCUCAACCCGGCCGAGACCAAGACGAUCCGGUAUGUGCAGGCCAAGCCGGUGUUUCCGACGACGGCGCGCGACUUUCUUGUUGUGACGAGCGAGCAGCGCCUCGACGACGGGUCCAUUGUCAUUGGCACCAAGAGCGUCGAGCACGACAGCGUGCCGGUCGACAAGCAUUUUGUGCGCGCGCACACGCACGUGUCGGGGUACAUUGUUCGUCCGUUGACGCCGACGUCGUGCUCGGUGACGCUGAUCGUGCACAUGGACCUCGGCGGCUACAUGCCGGCGUACGUGAUCAACCUCUUGUCGGUGGCGUCGCCGAUCCAGUUGCUGAAGCGGUUCCGCGUUCUGUACGGUCGUGCUUGAGCAAUGCUUCUCGCUUGAUCGCCACGAAUAGCAACACCCAAUCUAUGCAGUAGAACCUAGUUUAUUUAACCUUGUAUAAUUCGUUCGCUUCUAGCGUUAACAUCAA